UUUUUGGAACAAAAUGAUCAGCAAGAGCAACUGGCCAAGAAGUGGGGGUUCAAAACGUCUGACAUAAGAGAACUGAGUAACCAUGAAUUCUUCAUGCCAGGAAUGGUUGAUACACACAUCCAUGCUCCUCAGUAUUCCUUUACUGGUACAAGAGUAGAUCUACCUCUUUUGCAGUGGUUGACUACCUACACAUUCCCAACAGAAGCCAAAUACAAAGACAGUGAUUUUGCAGAAGAAGUGUACACCAGAGUUGUUAGACGAACUCUAAAGAAUGGCACGACUACAGCUUGCUACUUUGCAACAAUCUACACAGAUACUUCUCUUCUUCUUGCUGAAAUUAUAGAUAAAUUUGGUCAACGAGCAUUUGUUGGAAAAGUCUGCAUGGAUAUGAAUGACAGUGUGCCACAAUACAAAGAGAUUACUGCUGACUCCAUCCAAGAGACAGAAAGGUUUGUGAAAGAACUACUGGAAAAGAAAUAUCCAAGGGUGCAGCCUGUAAUAACCCCCCGCUUUGGCCCUUCCUGCACAGAGGAUUUGCUGUGUGCACUUGGUGAUUUAGCACAGGCUCACGACCUUCAUGUGCAGAGUCACAUAAGUGAGAAUGAAGAAGAACUCAAACUUGUGGAGAACAUGUUUCCUGCCUACCAGAAUUACACUGAAUUGUAUGAUAAAAACAAGCUGCUUACCAGCAAGGCAGUGAUGGCUCAUGCCUGUUAUCUUUCUGAAGAAGAGCUGAAACUUUUCAGUCUUCGUGGAGCUGCAAUUUCACAUUGCCCCAAUUCUAAUUUUUCGUAA